AUGUCCGCUACUCGGGAAUUUUCCGACCAUGAAGCAGACCAAGUAACUCCUUCCAAAAUCAUGUAUAUCAUUAUCCGUAUAAAGAGAGCCUUAACACCAAGUGUUGAAGCUUUGUCUACAGCCGCUACAAUGGCCAAAAUCAACGCUGUCGUUGAUAUUGCUCGAUAUGGAUCCCACUGGAUGCCCAAGGGCGGUGGGCCGGAAAUGCAGAUGUUCCGGUUGCUAUUGCUUAGUAUACUGCACGCUACCUCCUUAUCUCGCAGUUCUCAGAGGAUAGUGUCCACCUUCAUGCCAGAGAAACUGUCGAGGGCUACGAGUUCUAGCCUUAUCCAUUGUACUUCUAGAAAGUGUUUACAGACUUCCUACGUGUGGGUGGAGGUUAACAUCACGGAGAUCCUAUUCAAGUGGCCUUCUGUGCAAUCACAUACCCCCAACGGUGACACCCAAACACUUACAAAUUCAGAUACUACCAUCUUUGCCGAUGAUGAGAGACUCCAUCCACCAAAUAGUAGCCCUAUUGACUGA